UAUUCCUGCUGGCCGAUGGGAAAGUUGGCCUGCGUGCUGCUCGUACCAUAGGAAUUUAAACGGGGAUAUAGGUAUAAGAACACGGAGACGGGGAGUCAUUCGCGGUAGUGUGAGGCAUAAACGCGCCGGCACCACACCCAGCGUGACCACCAUUGCGACAGGGGACACAGGAUACGGCCAUGCGCGUCGCGGUGAUCUUGUUGGCGUGCGUCACUGCGCUGGCUUCGGCCCAAUUUAAUCAGGAUGACAAUAUACCAAAAGGAUCGCCUCUUCGAUCAACUCGUUUCCAGAGACUUCCAUCUGCUCGACCAGCACUUCCAACGCAAGCUGGACUUGCGAAUCAACGAAUUCGCCGUCCAAUUACAUUUAGACCCAAAGGAGCGGAAGAUUCAAUCGGAACAGGUCCAGGUUUCACACCCAUCAGAUCAUUGCGACCAAAUUUACCCACAGGACCAGCGCCACUUCCUCAACAAAUCAAACCAGUGAACGAGGAGCCAGAUGAAACGCGAAACCGCGAACCAUCUCGAAAUCACAAUAAUCAAGAUGACGAUACCGAUCUAAGUGACGACCUUCCAGACAGCCAAGAAGGAAGCGAAGAAAGCGAAGAAAAUGUGCCACGAGCAGUUCCAAAUCUUGGUACAGUAGGUUCGAUAUCGAGGACUUCCGCUAACAUCGGCCCGACUGCACAACCAGUGCAAUAUCGUCCUGUUUCGGGAUCAGGAAGUCCAACUGGCAGAGGAAGUGGAAUACCAACCGCACCAGCAUUAGCACCAGUUCAGUAUCGACCGACAGCAAAACCGAACAAACCAAGGAAACCGAUAGAAGAACCAUUUAAGCAACAGGUUAAACCACCUGCAAAAUCAGUGAAACCAUCUCAAUCUUACGAUACUCGCGGAAAGAAGCCCGUUGCACAGAUUAUUAGGCGAUAUCGCAACGAUAAUCCGGACGGUUCAAUCACCUGGGGCUUCGAGAACGACGACGGAUCUUACAAAGAAGAAAUAAUCGGUGUCGAUUGUAUCACUAGAGGUAAAUACGGCUAUAUCGACCCAGACGGUAUUCGUCGAGAAUACACGUACGAAACUGGUAUCAAAUGCGACGAGGAACAACGAGAAGAAGAAGAAGAGAACGGGUUCGUUGAUUAUCAAGAGAAUAAACUAGUACUUCCCGAUGGUAAAACCAUAGAUCUAUCGAGUAUGGGUAAAAAGCAAACUCGUAGACCUCGUUACCAUUAGUAAUAUAUUUUAUAUAAUUUCUUUCUUUUUUGACUUUUCAUAUCGAACAAUCGAAAUUUUGAUCAUUAGAAUUCAAAAGAAAAUUUUCAUGCGAUCUUUUUCUCAUAAUUCAUCAAUUUUUUAAAUAUUUAAUAGUACCAUAUUUCAGGUGAUGUUGAAAAAGAGCUUUAUUAAGAAAAACACAAUAUGUAACAUAAAAUAACAAGUUAAAUUACUAAUCAUCGGAAAUUAUAAGUUAGAACAUAGUUGGCGAUUAUUUAUCUCGAUAAUAACGACGCUUAAAAUUAAAGUAACAUUGAAUCGUUUAUUUCGUAAAGCAUCGAUCAAGUAAUACAAUACAAGUUUUGUCGUGACCAUUGUCAUCGUGUGUUCUUUGUGUUUGAAAUUUGUAAUUAGAAUUAGUUAGUAUGUAUUUCUAUAUCGUGUAUAUAUAAAUGUAGGUACCUGUAUCGAGUUCGUCGAAUAAAAAUAACAAAAUACAUG